UCAGUUCGCCUCCAGAGACGCCAAGCCGUGGAAGACCGCAGAUUUGAACGGUUUCUCGUUGGGCUUAAAUACAGUUACAUAUACAUAUAUAUACACAUAUAGUAUAUAUACAUUUGGAGAAUGGCUGCGUCGUCGUCGUCGAUGUUGACCAACCUGGCCGCUGUGGUCAAGGAGGCCAAUGACGAGGAGAUUCAAGUGCCCAAAUCGGAUGAUUUCUUCGAGUCGAAAGCCUUUCGACUCCUCACCCUAAUCCUCUAUAUGGGCGGUGUCAGCGGCAUGGGCCUAACGCUGGCCAUGUACUAUCUAUUCAUCUGGGACUCGCGCAUGCCGCCGCUGCCCGUCUUCAAGCAUACGCAUCCAAUUGGCUAAAGCGGCAGCGGGAAAGGGGAACCCUAGCCCU